GAGAGUAAAGAGGACACCGGAAGUGCAUCGCGAGGAAACCGAACAGAACAUCAGAGCGAUCACCUCUCUGGGAAAGAUGGGUCGCCACUUUGGAAACUUGGCCAAGGUCAGGCACAUAAUCACAUACAGCCUGUCCCCCUUUGAGCAGAGGGCUUUUCCAAACUACUUCUCCAAGGGAAUCCCCAACGUUUGGAGAAGGUUCACGGCAUCUUUCUUCAAAGUUGCCCCUCCAAUGACCCUGAUGUAUGUGACCUACACCUGGGGAAACAGUGUCCACCAGCAGAGCAAGAGGAAGAACCCUGCAGACUUCGAGAAUGAGGAAUAAACAAACUACUCCCACCUUCCUAAAAGCUGCCCACUGUUGAUUCCAACUCUGUAUGUUUAACCAAUAAAGUUGUAAGAUAUUUAUGUGACAUGA